UUGCUAAAAUAACACGUAUACGCCCGAGUGUCCCCAUCGGUUAAAUAUAAAGUGAAUACAAAAUAUCUUAGAAAGCAAAAAAAAAAAAAAACAAAUCCUUCUCGUAGGGAUUUUCUCGUGAGUUAUACAGAGUGUCAGAAGUGUGCAGAUAAUUUAUCAGCAAGUCUAUUCUCCUCAUUCAAGAUCAAGAAUCAUAAGGAAUUCGAAUCCAAAAGAAAGAAAGAAAAUAAAUUAUUCAAAGAAUAACGUCCUUUUUUGUUGUGAAAAUCUUUUUAAGAAGUAGAUUUCUUAUCUUACCACAUAACAUUUAUAUAAUUCAAUUUACGAAAGCAGAUACCUUUUCCCCUUUUUGUUUUGCCUAGCGGCUUAUUGGAAGACCGUAUUAUCGCUGCUUGGGACAAAAAAGGAUACUUAUAAUCCGACAACACAAAACGCCAAAAUAUAAAACAACAAACAGCAAACAACAUCAACCGAGAGAUAGAAUAGAUACAAAAAUGUCAUCACAAGACCGAUAGACAGACACAGACUAGAACAGAAAGAGGACCAACAAAAAAACAAAAAAAAAAAAGGGACAAAAACUAAAAGUGUCUCGAGGCUAUGACAAAAUGAAAACGAAACCCUUUGCGAUAGCAGCCAGUGAGAAAAUGAAAUCCGCAAUUUUGUAUCCCUAUGGUCCGUUAACAGGCACCGGAUGCUGUCGGAUGUUACAUGCGAAACAUUUGGCAGUGACCAGUGCCAUAUACACAUUGAAUAUUUCAAUACUGAUCGUAUUAAUAUAUGCGUGGCGAAUAAGUGUCAACGUCAGACGACCCGGCGAACUAGAGGACGUCUAUUAUGGUGUUCAAAUAGCCUACUUUGCCAUAAUCGGGACUCAGAUGUCAAUGAUAUUCCUCAGCGUGAUGUUGAUGUUUGGCAUUUACAAGGAAAAUCCCGGAUUAAUUGUGCCUUGGAUAAUUGGUUUUAUAACAUUUAUGGCAUUAGAAGCUGUAGCUAUGGUUUAUUCCAAUGUCCUGCGGGAUCAUGUAAAUAAACAAUUUGACACAAUGUGCAAAGCAGAAGUGACCUUUUUUAUAGCACGAGCGUUUAUCAAUGUGCUUGCGAUGUGGGGUGUCAUGCGAUUUUAUAAUCUUGUACGGGCCGGCAUCACUUGGAAGGGCCCAGAGGCCAAAACUACAACAUCCUUGGCAACUGGAUGCUUUCUCUUCGACAUGGAUGAUGACGAUGACAUUUAUGGUUGUGACGACGACGACGACGAUGACGAAGACGAUGAGUAUUAUGAUGAAGAAGACAGUAGUGACAGUAGCAUCCUGGAUCAUGGAGAUGAUGUUGGGUCAAAAGGACGAAGAAAUCAUCAUCGUCGAACAGCAGGAUGCAAUGUUAAUAAUAAUAAUAAUACCAGUAACAACAAUAAUAAUAAUAACGUUCGAACAUUAUUCAUAAAACGUAAUAAAUAUAAAAUCAGUCAUCGACAGACUCGUCUGGAGGUGAUUGAUGAGCUUGAGAAGAGUGCUGGCAGUGGCAGCGAGGAGAAUGAUUCUUUACUGGUCGCUUAUGAUAGUAAUUCGAUAGCGUCUGUCUGACAUUUGGAACGCUAUCGGUGCAUUUUGAACGGACUGGUGAUGGGACUGCUGGUUGCUGUUGAGAUUUAUGCACAGAUUGUGGUGUUUUUGUAAAAUCGGCCAAAAUGUCGAAUGUCUUCCAGGUUCUAUAUAUUGACGACAAGUUACUGUUGUUCCCAAACAAACACUGACAAAACAUAUUAAAAAGUCCUCCAGGAUAUAAUUUAUAAUUUUUGACAAAAAAAGAAAAAAAUGCUUUCUUGUAAAUAAAUUCUUUGUAAAUUUUAUCUUUAUACAAAUUAUUUACUAUAACACUAAAUUCUUCAUAAAAAUGUAUAUAAUAUUCAGCAAAUGCUUAUAAUUAAGAAAAAAAUAUGCUAAAAUAAUGUUAUUUUGUAAAAAUAAAUUAUAAAUAUUUAUGUAAAUUUAAGUAGGUUAUUAAAUGUUGAUUACAGCUUAAAAAUAAAUGUUUAAAAUUAUAUUUAAGGCUUAAGCUUAAGUUGUAUAUUAAAAAUAAAAUAUUGAGAAAAAAAAAACAAAUUAUUGAACAAAUGCAAAAAGGAGUUGAAAAUUUUAUAGAAUGCUGUUUACCAUAAACAUAAAUGUAAAUAUAAAUUGAAUAAAAUUUUAUGUAUCAUUAAAAAAAAAUAGUCGUGUAAAAUAAAAGCACAAAUUAAGUAAAAGCAUAUGAGAAGUGUUUGAAAAUUUUGCUAAGCAAAUUUUUGUUUGUUUUGUUGAAGG